AUGACAGCUUUCGAGCAAGCGGGGUCGCUGUUCACCGGUUGGAUAGGAUCAUGCUUGUCAUAUUUAUCACCUGGAGAGAAGGGCCAGGCUGCCCUGUCAGUUGAGAACAAAGGUGUGAAGCGGGAGAUGCAAGUAUGCCAUGCCCAGCCCCAUCUUGUCCCUCCAAUGCAGCUGAGGGUGUACGAUGAUCUUCCUGAUCCGCGGAUACAUCACACUCGUAACUCGCAAUCAUUGUCGUCGUGGCUAGAAGAGGGCCGGAACCUGGCUUCACGGGCAUCUAACCGAGCAAGUCUCAUCAAAUCUCGAAGAAGACUUCCAAUUACACCGUUGGAAAUCAGUUCACCUUCGGAUUUCCUCAUAGUUGAUUCAAGUCGCUUCCACGAGACUUCGUUGUCUCAGCACUUUGUGCAUACUUUGACUGACAGAGCCCAACCACUUGAAACAUCGGAAAUACCAAAGACAUAUGAACUUGUUCUCAGCAUUCAUCAGGAUAAAAACCGAUUAUCAGAUCUACCCUCGUUCGAGUCUUUUCAACUGGUUGAGGAUCGCCAAUAUCAAUACCCGAUGCCUGCAGUACCAGCACGUGCUCUUUCGCAAUCGAGUAUUCGCCAUCGACGAUAUGUGUCAACUGCCUCUGCACGCAAGCCCGUUGGCUCGGGAGAUCGUCGCUCUCUUGGAAAUCCUAUAGAGCCAGCAAUGAAAGCGGAGCCCCACAAGCCCGCGAGCUCUUUGGUGCCCCAUUUCUCUGUCGUUACUCCAAGAGGACCUCUCCCCAUGUCCAUUCUAGCACACAGCAGGACGCAUUCGGAAGAGAGCAAGCUUACCCUCGAUACCGAUAUCUUAUCCGACAACUCCAGCGAUGCUCAGACACCGCGGGCAGUGCAAGACCUUCCACAGACCCCAGUGACACCGACGGGUCCAGAAAGCACAAUAGGUCAACACUCCCCGAACGAAUCUUCAUUCUUUAGAGAUUCACCCUCCACAUCCAGCUCAAGCACAUUUCCGUCUCGACUUUCCUCGCUACGCCGACCUUCUUUUACACCAAGCGACUACCGCAAGACCGUCGCAGCGGUACCGCUGCCAGACCGUGUUUCGCAAUGGUUCUCUCGAGAGAAUGCUACCCCGCCUAAACCAAUCUCCCUCGAUGGUGAGAAUGCCUUUGAGUGGGAGCGAACUCGCACCUUGAGUGGUACUACCGUCUGCUCGACUAUCACAACAACCAUUACUGGCGGAGCCAAGUCACGACCAUCCAAUCUCUCCAUCUCCAGCUCGUUUAUGGGUAGCUCCACUCCACGGGCUUCGCUACAUCAACCAUCUCUGAACAGAGAGAAAGAUAUUGUUUCGGAUUUCUAUCAACCAACCGCCUACGAAGGCCGCCAACAACGACCUGCGUUCCCUUCUUCUCGCCACGGCGAUCCAGUUACAUUCCCGGAGUCUGCUAUUGGUGUAGCUUUCUAA